GCAUUAAAUAAUGUGGGAUUAAGUUAAGUUAAUAAAGCGAUUAGUUCGUGAAGUGGAUUGAAUAAAGAGUUCAAGUCCGGGUCUUCUCUCACAGUGCUAGGAAAGGAGAGAGAAAAAGAGAAGAAGAAGAAGAAGAAGAAGAAGAGGGAGAGCUGGGUCUGGUCUUAAUCUUAAGGCCGUGUUUGGAUCGCGGCUUUUCUACUCUGGUAGUCUCAAGUUUUGUGAAGUUCUGGGCUUUUUUCUUCUUCUGGGAUUGGCUUAUCUGAUUGGUAAAUAUAUUAGCAGGAUUUUCAUCAGAAGGCUGUCCAUCCUUGCUAUUGGUCACCGAUCUCUGUAGGCCUCAGUGGUGAAGCUAUGUUUCAUGGACUCUAAUCUCUUGUUUUCAGGGUUCGCUCUCUCUCUCUCUCAGAUUAUUGAUUGAUUGGAGGAUAGAAGAGCCAACCUACACCCAGUGGAUUAUAACUUAUGCCCCUGUAUUGAAGACAUAUUUAACAUCUGGGGAUAUUUGCAUGCCAGAGUAAAUGUCGUUUCGCAGUAUAGUUCGGGAUGUAAGAGAUGGGUUUGGAAGUUUAUCGAGACGAAGUUUUGAAGUGAGACUGCCUGGCCAUCACAGGGGAAAAUCACAUGGUUCAGUCCAUGAGCUGCAUGACCAACCUCUUGUAAUCCAGAAUAGCCGCUGGGCUAGCCUCCCACCUGAACUACUUCGGGAUGUAAUAAAAAGGUUGGAGGCUAGUGAGGGUACGUGGCCUGCUCGCAAGCAUGUUGUUGCUUGUGCUUCUGUAUGCAGGUCAUGGAGGGAAAUGUGCAAAGAAAUUGUCAAAAGUCCUGAAUUUUCUGGGAAGAUUACUUUCCCAGUCUCCCUGAAGCAGCCAGGAUCUCGGGAUGGAACAAUCCAGUGCUUUAUCAAAAGGGACAAGUCUAAUUUAACCUACCACCUUUACCUGUGCCUUAGCCCUGCUUUGCUUGUGGAAAAUGGAAAAUUUCUUCUGUCUGCUAAGCGAACACGAAGAACUACUUGCACAGAGUAUGUGAUCUCGAUGGAUGCAGAUAACAUAUCAAGAUCAAGUAACACUUACAUUGGGAAACUGAGAUCCAAUUUUCUCGGCACCAAGUUCAUUAUUUAUGAUACCCAGCCUCCCUAUAACAGUUCUCAGCUUUCCCCACCUGGCCGAAGUCGUCGGUUUAACUCAAAAAAGGUUUCUCCUAAGGUCCCUACUGGCAGCUACAACAUUGCUCAAGUGACAUAUGAGUUAAAUGUGCUCGGCACUAGGGGGCCACGCAGGAUGCACUGCAGCAUGCACUCAAUCCCUGUCUCAUCCCUUGAGCCUGGUGGCUCUGUCCCUGGCCAGCCCGAGCUUCUCCAGCGCUCCCUUGAGGACUCAUUCCGGAGCAUUUCCUUCUCAAAAUCAAUUGAUAAUUCAACUGAGUUUAGCAGUGCUCGAUUCUCUGAUAUUGUUGGGGGGUCAUCCCGUUAUGAAGAAGAGGGAAAAGAGAGGCCUUUGGUUCUUCGGAACAAGGCACCGAGAUGGCAUGAGCAGUUGCAGUGUUGGUGCCUUAACUUCCGGGGGCGGGUGACUGUUGCCUCAGUUAAAAACUUUCAGUUGAUAGCUGCUACGACGCAAUCUACUGCUGGUGCACCAACGCCUUCACAGCCUCCACAGCCAGCCCCAUCAGACCAUGACAAGAUCAUACUACAGUUUGGUAAAGUUGGCAAGGAUAUGUUUACUAUGGAUUACCGGUAUCCUUUGUCUGCAUUUCAGGCCUUUGCUAUCUGCCUGAGUAGCUUUGACACCAAAUUAGCAUGUGAAUAGAAGAGAUUAUGGCAAGAAGUAGAAAGUGUAGUCCAUCGGUUUCUUUUUCAUCUUUUCUAGGACCAGCAUAUAGGUUGUGUUUGUUGUAUCAAGUCACUGCAGAACAAAAUCAGUGCACACUAGUGGAGGGGCCUGUGUCUCUCCCUCUAUUUUUAUUUUUUUUAAUUUCUUAUUUUUAUUUUUUUAA